AAAAACGAAACAAAAAAUUAAUUCAAAAAAAAUGACUGACCAAAAAAAUUCUUCAAUAUUAACCACAUCAAUAGGAACUCCCGUAGAUGAAAACUAAAAUUCAUUAUCCGCGGGAGAAUACGGUCCUCUCCUUUUAUAGGAUUUCCACUUAAUCGACAAAUUAGCUCAUUUUGAUCGUGAAAGAAUCCCAGAAAGAGUUGUUCACGCCAAAGGCGCUGGUGCGCACGGAUAUUUCGAAGUUACUCACGACAUCAAAAAAUAUUGCAAAGCUAAACUAUUCGAUACUAUUGGAAAAAGAACUCCUUUAUUCACAAGAUUUUCCACAGUAGGAGGAGAAAAAGGUUCCGCUGAUACAGAAAGAGAUCCGAGAGGAUUUGCUGUCAAAAUGUAUACAGAAGAAGGAAAUUGGGAUAUGGUAGGAAAUAAUACACCAGUAUUUUUCAUUAGAGAUCCUUCGAAAUUCCCAGACUUUAUUCAUACUUAAAAAAGAAAUCCUUAAACAAAUCUUAAAUGUGCUAAUAUGUUCUGGGAUUUUCUUUCUUAAGUUCCUGAAUCAUCUCAUUAAGUAACUAUUUUAUUUUCUGAUAGAGGUACUCCUGAUGGAUAUAGACAUAUGAACGGAUAUUCUUCUCAUACAUUCAAAAUGGUAAAUGAAGAUGGUGAAACAUUUUGGGUAAAAUUCCAUUUUAAAACUGAUUCUGGAAUUAAAAAUUUAACUGCUGAAUAAGCCAACAAAUUAAAAUCAGAUAACCCUGAUUACUCGACUUAAGAUUUAUUUUAACAUAUUGCUAAUGGAAAUCAAGCUAGUUGGAGUGUUUUUCUUUAAGUAAUGCCUGUGAAUGAUGGAUAUAAAUAUAGAUGGAAUAUUUUUGAUAUUACUAAGGUAUGGCCUCAUAGUGACUAUCCUUUAAUCCCAGUCGGAAAAAUGGUUUUGAAUAGAAACCCCGAAAACUAUUUCGCUGAAACUGAAUAAUCGGCUUUCUCACCAUCUCACUUAGUUCCAGGAAUAGAACCUUCUUUGGAUAAAAUGUUAUAGGGAAGACUUUUUUCUUAUCCAGAUACUCAUAGACAUAGAUUAGGUGGAAAUUAUGAUUAAAUUCCUAUAAAUUGCCCCUAUAGAGCUAAAGUAUCAAACGGUCAAAGAGAUGGAUUUAUGGUGGUGAAUGGAAACUAAGGAUCUAAACCUAAUUAUGAACCUUCUUCCUUCCACAAAUUCAUAACUAGACCAGAAACUAAAUUAAGUACUUAGAGAGUUACUGGUCUUGUGGGAAGAUUUAAACCAGCACACCCAAAUGACGACUUUUCUUAACCUGGAGCUUUGUAUAGAAAAAUUAUGAAUGAAUAACAAAGAAAUAAUACAGUUUAAAAUAUAUUGGGAAAUUUGAAAAAUGCAAAUAGAGAUAUUUAGGAAAGAUAAAUAAAAAUAUUCUAUAAAUGUGACGCAGAAUAUGGUUAGAAAAUAGCUUAAGAAUUAGGUUUCCCAGUUAAUAGAAAUAAUUUGUGAAGUUUUAGUCUAUAAAUUUAUAAUAUAUAUAUAAUUAUUAUAUAUAUAUAUAUUUUUUAGACUAUAUAUAAUAUGUUUUUAAUAAUAAAUACUAUAGAAAUAAUAAUUUAUAAUUUUUUU